CUCGCUAAAGAAACAUGGGAAUUCAGAGUAUGGGGAUGACUAAUAGGAGAGAAGAGCUGAGGGGACCCUUAAAGAAAAGAGGCUUCAGAAAGGUGAGGUGGUCUACUGGGUCAGUUCAGUUCAGUCGCUCAGUCGUGUCCGACUCUUUACGACCCCAUGGAUUGCAGCACGCCAGGCCUCCCUGUCCACCAAGCAUACAGUAAAUGCAUGGAGAGUAGCAAAGGAAUUUAGGAAAAGCUAUUAGCUGAACUGUCAGAUUAUGGGUAUCAGAUUUUGGUAGAAAAUGAAUAGUGGGCCGAAGAUGGUAAAAAAAAAAAAAAAAAAACAGUGGGUAAUUAUCAGCCACGAAACACGAAUGCCAAGUUUCAAGUUGUAGGCCUGGAGGUGGACCGCAGUUCAGGCCAGGUGAGCUACUCCCAGGUGCCUAGUGUUGAGGCUGCAGGCGCGGUGAGCAGCUGGGGUACCCUGCCCUGCCCCUGUCUGUACCUCCCCUCUCCCCUCUGAGUCCCGCUAGUCUGCUUCCGCUCGUGGGCAGAGACGCGCCAGGGCAGAGCUGCUCUUCUGGCCUGCGGAGGGGUGCCCAGGCAGCAGUGGUGGGCGGGCCUAUUUCUCCCCACCAGGAGCCCUCCCUACGGCCGCUUGAGAAGCCUCGUCGCCCGCCCUGCAGCCAGUUCUUUUAUCUCCCCAACUCCGCUUGCUGCUCCGCAGCGCGGGCGGAUCUGGAGGCGGUGCUAGAGGGCGGGGCCAGGGAUGCGAUUGUGAGCUCAUCUCAGGGCAGGGCGGGCCACCGUCCUAGCGUUUUAGAGGUGUUCUGCGCCUCCGGCCCGGCUCCGCGGGAGGCGGGCCUGGGGCAGGUCCAGGGGGCGGGUCCGGGACCUUCAGAUGCCCGCGACGGAAGGGCCUGUUUCAACAUCCCCGGCUGUGGUCGGCUGCUGGCGGCGAGUCACUACGUCUUACCACCGGGCUCCAUCCCGAGAACUGACCGAGGCUGUGACUGUUUGGGAACCAAGCCCGCUCGGCGGCCGCAGCCCGGGCGACCCGCCUCUUUGCAACGGGUCGGACUCAACGCGGAGAUGAGGAGCAGGAGCAAUUCCGGGGUCCGCUUAGACGGAUACGCGCGGCUGGUGCAGCAAACAAUCCUCUGUUACCAGAAUCCCAUCACGGGGCUGAUGUCAGCCAGUCAUGAGCAGAAGGAUGCCUGGGUACGGGAUAACAUCUAUAGCAUCCUGGCCGUGUGGGGCCUGGGCAUGGCCUACCGCAAGAACGCCGACCGCGACGAGGACAAGGCCAAGGCCUACGAGCUGGAGCAGAAUGUGGUGAAACUGAUGCGAGGUCUUCUCCAGUGCAUGAUGAGACAGGUGGAUAAAGUGGAGAGAUUCAAGCGCACUCAGAGUACCAAGGACAGCCUGCACGCCAAGUACAACACUGCCACCUGCAGCACUGUGGUGGGCGACGACCAGUGGGGCCACCUCCAGGUGGAUGCCACCUCCCUCUUCCUCCUGUUUCUGGCCCAGAUGACAGCCUCCGGCUUACGUAUUAUUUUCACUCUUGAUGAGGUGGCCUUCAUACAGAAUCUUGUUUUUUACAUAGAAGCUGCGUAUAAAGUUGCUGAUUAUGGAAUGUGGGAACGUGGAGAUAAGACUAAUCAGGGUAUUCCAGAAUUGAAUGCAAGCUCUGUAGGAAUGGCCAAGGCAGCACUUGAAGCAAUUGAUGAAUUGGACCUUUUUGGAGCCCAUGGAGGUCGCAAGUCUGUGAUCCACGUCCUGCCAGAUGAGGUGGAACACUGCCAGUCUAUUCUGUUUUCCAUGCUGCCAAGAGCCUCGACGUCAAAAGAGAUUGAUGCUGGGCUUCUUUCCAUUAUUUCUUUCCCGGCCUUCGCGGUGGAAGAUGUGAACCUUGUGAAUGUGACCAAACAUGAAAUUAUUUCCAAGCUCCAGGGGCGUUAUGGAUGCUGUCGCUUCCUUCGAGAUGGUUAUAAAACCCCAAGAGAGGACCCAAACCGAUUGCAUUAUGACCCUGCUGAACUCAAGCUCUUUGAAAACAUUGAAUGUGAAUGGCCUGUGUUCUGGACUUAUUUCAUAAUAGAUGGAGUCUUCAAUGGUGAUGCCGUUCAGGUCCAAGAAUACCGUGAAGCCCUGGAGGGGAUACUGAUCAGAGGCCAGAACGGGGUCCACUUGUUGCCUGAACUCUACGCCAUCCCGCCUGACAAGGUGGAUGAAGAGUAUAAGAAUCCCCACACGGUGGAUAGAGUUCCCCUGGGGAAGGUGCCGCAUCUGUGGGGUCAGUCCUUGUACAUCCUCAGCUCCCUGUUGGCAGAGGGAUUCCUUGCUGCUGGUGAAAUUGAUCCCUUGAACAGAAGAUUUUCCACUUCAGUCAAACCUGAUGUCGUCGUACAAGUGACUGUUCUGGCAGAAAACAACCACAUUAAGGAGCUUCUGAGGAAACAUGGGGUCAACGUCCAGAGUAUCGCUGACAUUCAUCCAAUCCGAGUCCAGCCAGGCCGCAUCCUUAGUCACAUAUAUGCCAAGCUUGGACGGAAUAAGAAUAUGAGAUUGAGUGGGCGACCGUAUCGGCACAUUGGUGUCCUUGGGACAUCGAAACUAUACGUGAUUAGGAACCAGAUCUUUACUUUCACGCCCCAGUUCACUGACCAGCAUCACUUCUACCUGGCCCUGGACAAUGAGAUGAUCGUGGAGAUGCUGAGAAUUGAGCUGGCCUACCUGUGCACCUGCUGGCGGAUGACGGGCAGACCCACGCUCACCUUCCCCAUCACACACACCAUGCUCACAAAUGAUGGCUCAGAUAUUCAUUCCGCUGUUCUUGCUACAAUUCGCAAACUAGAGGAUGGAUAUUUUGGAGGAGCUAGAGUAAAAUUAGGGAGUCUUUCGGAAUUUCUCACCACCUCUUUCUACACGUAUCUGACCUUCCUGGAUCCAGACUGUGAUGAGAAGUUGUUUGAUGAUGCCAGUGAAGGGACCUUCAGUCCUGAUAGUGAUUCAGACCUGGGAGGAUAUUUGGAAGACACCUAUAAUCAAGAAAGCCAGGACGAGCUUGACCAGUAUAUCAACCACCUUCUGCAAAGCACAUCCUCGAAGUGCUAUCUGCCACCUCUCUGUAAGAAGACAGAGGACAACCAGGUUUUCAGUGCUAUCCAUUCCACUCGGGAUAUACUUUCUGUGAUGGCAAAAGCAAAGGGUUUGGAAAUUCCAUUUGUUCCCAUGGCUUUGCCAACUAAAGUUCUAAGCGCCCACCGUAAAUCGCUGAAUCUCGUUGAUUCUCCUCAGCCACUCCUAAAAAAGGCCCCUGAAGAUGACUUCCAGUUUCCCAGAGAUGACCGUGGCGACGUGGACUGUGAGAAGCUGGUUGAGCAGUUGAAAGACUGUUCGAACCUACAGGACCAAGCAGACAUUCUGUACAUUCUGUAUGUAAUAAAGGGUCCCAGCUGGGACACAGAUCUCUCUGGACAGCACGGGGUCACCGUUCACAACCUCCUCAGUGAGCUCUAUGGGAAGGCUGGCUUGAACCAGGAGUGGGGCCUGAUCCGCUACAUCUCCGGCCUCCUCCGGAAGAAAGUGGAGGUCCUGGCUGAGGCGUGCACGGACCUGCUGUCACACCAGAAGCAGCUCACAGUGGGCCUGCCCCCAGAACCCCGGGAGAAGACCAUCUCUGCGCCUCUUCCCCCCGAGGAGCUCACGAAGCUCAUCUACGAAGCCAGUGGGCAGGACAUCAGCAUCGCCGUGCUCACACAGGAGAUCGUGGUGUACCUGGCGAUGUACGUCAGGGCACAGCCCAGCCUCUUCGUGGAGAUGCUCCGGCUCCGAAUUGGACUGAUCAUUCAGGUGAUGGCCACGGAGCUGGCACGGAGCCUGAACUGUUCAGGAGAAGAAGCUUCUGAAAGUUUGAUGAACCUCAGCCCUUUUGAUAUGAAAAAUCUCCUGCACCACAUCUUAAGUGGCAAAGAAUUUGGUGUUGAAAGAAGCAUGCGGCCCAUUCAUUCCUCCACACCCAGCCCUGCUGUCUCCAUCCAUGAGGUGGGCCACACUGGAGUCACCAAAACCGAGAGGAGCGGCAUCAACAGGCUGAGGAGUGAGAUGAAACAGAUGACUAGGCGGUUUAGUGCUGAUGAACAGCUGAUUCCUGUGAGCCAGGCCGCGUCCAGCAGCGUGCGCUCCUCCAAGUCUGUGAGGUCUAGCACCCCGUCCUCACCCACGGGCACAUCGUCAUCAGACUCGGGCGGGCAGCACAUGGGCUGGGGGGAACGGCAGGGCCAGUGGCUGCGCAGGAGAAGGCUGGACGGCGCCAUCAACAGGGUCCCCGUGGGAUUCUACCAGAAGGUGUGGAAGAUCCUUCAGAAGUGCCAUGGUCUGUCCAUCGACGGUUAUGUGCUCCCGUCCUCGACCACACAAGAGAUGACCCCGCAGGAGAUCAAGUUUGCUGUCCACGUUGAGUCAGUGCUGAACCGAGUGCCACAACCCGAGUACCGGCAGCUGCUGGUGGAGGCCAUCAUGGUGCUGACGCUGCUCUCGGACACAGAGAUGAACAGCAUCGGGGGCAUCAUCCACGUGGACCAGAUCGUGCACAUGGCCAACCAGCUGUUCCUACAAGACCAGGUGUCAAGUGGAGCCACGGACACGCUGGAGAAAGACCAAGCCACAGGCAUCUGCCACUUCUUUUACGACAGCGCUCCAAGCGGGGCUUAUGGGACGAUGACCUACCUAACGAAGGCGGUGGCUUCUCAUUUGCAGGAACUGCUGCCCAAUUCAGGUUGCCAGAUGCAGUAGGGCCUCGGUGCUCAGUCUGUCCCUUUCUCGUGGGCACUUCUUGUGUUCCCCAAGAUUCCCUGUGCUUUCCCCAACAAAGCCUUGCCCAUGAGAAUCCCUGGCAGGGAGGGGAUGAUAGUGAACACACUUGAAAGCAGUAGACAUCCAAACCCCAGAAAGGGCCGGUGACUUCUGUGCUCCCCUGAGGAGCACUAAGGGGGUCAUCGUCUACACUCAUCUCACUGAAACUUUUGUCACAGCAUCUGGUCUCCUGGAGUCUGAGGACAGAUUGGAAGUGGGUCUCUCAAGUGCAGAGUGAAGUGAAAAGGCAGCUUAAAUCAGCUCUUGCAGAGUUUCCGAACAGGUUCCGUGAGCUAGUGACAUAUCUUCAAGAUGGAAAGAUCCUUCCAGCAGCUGCAAACCUUAACAAAGGGAACAUCUUAAUGGGUAUGGUCUGUCUGUGGGUCAGAUUGUUUACUGAAUAGAACAGCUCUUUCUGUGGGGCCUGG